AUGGAGAACGCGUCUCAUGGCCAUGUGAAUGAUGCUAAAUCUACAGUCCAGACUCUUCAUGUACAACCUCAGUAUAAGCUGCCACCCAAAUCACUCUCUGCUUCCGACAAGUUCGAGGGUUCAUCGGACCUUGUUAAUCUACGAUACCACAUGGGUCCGGUGUUGUCAUCUCCGAUCAACAUAUACCUUAUAUGGUAUGGGAAGUGGGCCGCAUCUCAGAAGAUGUUAAUCAAGGACUUUUUACUCUCUAUCUCCAACUUCAACCCAUCUUCUCCUUCGGUGGCAGAGUGGUGGCGCACUGUAUCCCUCUAUACAGAUCAGACGGGAGCCAACAUUUCACGCUCUGUACUCCUUGCUGGAAGUCAUCGCCACCGCAGUCCGAUCAAAGCCCUUCCCCGUCGACCACAAGAACGGCAUCUACCUAAUCUUAACCUCGGUUGA